AUGCAUUGCGGAGGACAUUGUGCUCAUUUCUAUUUAUGUACAUCAGGAAGCUACAGGACAUCGUCGUUUAAAAAUGACCUACUCGAACGAGAAAAAAAGAAUGAAUGCGUCAUUGCACUGAGAGAAGUGAAGGAGGAGAGAGAAGAACUGAGUGAAGUGGAGGAGGAGAGAGAAGAACUGAGUGAAGUGGAGGAGGAGAGAGAAGAACUGAGAGAAAUGAAGGAGGAGAGAGAA